UCUAAAAUUUUGGACUGGUUCCAAAAAUAUAUAUUAUAUCAAGUUUCAUUAUCUGAUCUGCAUCAGAGAGCUGUGGAUGAGGCUUUACAGAACCCGAAUGGACAGCUGGAUGUUUUCCUGCAUUUUCUUCUGGGUCUCUCACUGGAGUCCAAUCAGACUCUCUUACAAAAACUACUGACACAGACAGGAAGCUGCUCUUACAACAAAGAGGAAACAAUUGAUUACAUCAAACAGAAGAUCAGUGAGAAUCACUCUCCAGAGAGAUCCCUGAAUCUGUUCCGCUGUCUGAAUGAACUGGGUGAUGAUUCACUGAUGCAGGAGAUGCAACAUUAUCUGAAAUCUGGAGAAAUAAGAAAAGCCAAACUCUCGUCUUCACAGUGGUCAGCUCUGGUUUAUGUGUUGCUGACAUCAGAGCAGAAGAUGGAUGUGUUUGAUCUGAAACAGUUUACUGGAGAACAACAUACAGCAGAUGAAGUUCUUCAGAAUCUGUUACCUGUGGUUAAAGAAUCCAGAUCAGUUCACCUACAGUCCUGUAAUCUCACUGCUCAGUGUUGUGAGAGUUUGUCUUCAGCUCUACAAUCCGCAAACUCUAUCCUGAGAGAGCUGGAUCUGAGUUACAAUGACCUGCAGGACUCUGGUGUACAGAUGCUUUCUGAGGGACUGAAGAAUUCAAAGUGUCAGCUGGAGAUACUGAGGUUGUCUGGCUGUAUGGUGACAGAGGAAGGCUGUGGGUAUUUGUCUUCAGCUCUGAGUUCAAACCCCUCACACUUGAGAGAACUGGAUCUGAGCUACAAUCACCCAGGAGAUUCAGGAAUGCAACUGCUGAACGACAGAAGGAAGGAUCCAAAAUAUAAACUGAAGAAUCUCAAGUAUGUGGGACAAAUGGAUCAUAGAGGAGAGAUCAGAGUUAAAGAGGCACCUCAAAGAU